AUGUCAUCCGCACCAUUAUUACAAAAAACCCCUGGAAAGAAGAUUGCUUUACCUACCAGAGUUGAACCCAAGGUAUUCUUCGCCAAUGAACGUACAUUUCUUUCAUGGUUGAAUUUCACAGUGAUGUUAGGUGGGUUGGGUAUUGGUUUAUUAAAUUUUGGUGAUAAGAUAGGUAAAAUCAGUGCUGGGUUAUUUACUUUCGUUGCUAUGGGUACAAUGAUAUAUGCAUUAGUGACUUAUCAUUGGAGAGCUGCCGCCAUUAGGAGGAGAGGGUCAGGUCCAUAUGAUGACAGACUUGGACCUACUUUGCUUUGCUUCUUCUUGUUGAUUGCGGUUGUUAUUAACUUUAUAUUGAGACUGAAGGCAAGUAAUGUUUCUGCUCCUACCACGCCUUGA